AUGCCAAGAAAUUUUGCUUCCGAAGGCCGAAGAGGUAAACGAAAGUUUGUAGAAGCGGCAAUUGUGAAAUCGACAAAAAGUACGAAACGCGUCGUUGACGUCUGGAAAACGAUGAAUGCAACUGAAUUGUCGCAAGCGCUUGGAGUAGAUUUCGAUGACGUUGUUGAGGUUCUCGAGAACAUAGACAAGAGAAAUGUGAAUGCAAUUGUGAAUGAGACGCCCCUCGAAGAUACCACAAUAUUGCAGACAGCUGCUGCCUUCUCAUGCAAACCUCGUUUCGUGAACGGCCCUCCUAAAAAAGUGGAAACAUUGGAUGAUGACUUGCGACCACAACGAGAACCAACCGAAUCCGAAAAAGAAAAACGACCACCGAUUGUGACAAUUAUGGGGCAUGUUGAUCAUGGCAAAACUACACUUCUUGACGCACUUCGGAAUUCACAAAUUGCUGCUGGAGAAUUCGGCGGAAUCACACAACAUAUUGGAGCAUUUUCUGUGGAACUUUCGAAGGGGAAAAAAGUGACGUUUUUGGAUACGCCCGGACAUGCUGCAUUUGCUUCGAUGAGAGCUCGCGGUGCUAAUGGAGCUGACGUCGUUGUUCUUGUAGUAGCAGCAGAUGACGGGGUAAAAGAGCAAACAGUGCAGUCGAUCAAAUUUGCCAAAUCUGCUGGAGUUCCGCUUGUGGUUGCUGUUAAUAAAAUCGAUAAGCCGAAUGCAGAUCCGAAACGAGCAAUGCGAUCUUUAUUAGAACACGACGUAGUUGUCGAGCAACUUGGAGGUGAUAUUCAAUGCGUGGAAGUUUCGGCUCUGCAAUCGCGCAAUCUUCAUGCCCUUCAAGAAGCUCUUCUUUUGCAAGCUGAUUUGGCGAAUCUGCGAGCGACGAAAAUGGGAAAAGUUGAAGGAGUCAUCAUCGAGUCAUCAGUUAUCCACGGGAUUGGAAAAGUUUGUACUUUGAUUAUAUCUCGUGGAACGCUUAAAAAGGGAAACAUUCUUGUUGCGGGAACAUCCUGGUGUCGUGUUAAGACCAUGCAAGAUGAGAAUGGAAGAAAUUUACAAAGCGCACUUCCUUCGCAGCCAGUCAGAGUUUCUGGUUGGAGAGAGGAUUUACCAAAUCCUGGUGACCAGGUACUGGAGGCAGAUAAUGUGGACCGAGCACAAAAAGCUGUCAAUUUUAGAAUUAAUGCGGAAAUGAAGAAAAGGGCUGAGCAAGAUUGGAAUGAAAUUGAGGAAGAUCGCAAAAAGGAACGAGAAAUUUAUCUUACUAAUCGUCAAAAAUUGCUUGAUCGUGGCCAGAGAUAUGGUUCGACUUUGCGACAUGUAGUUCAUAAAAAUAAACGAAUUCUAAAGGAAACUGAAGAUACACAUCCGAAAUUCAAUCUUCUCCUCCGAACAGAUGUAGAAGGAACGUUGGAAGCGAUUCUCGAAAUUCUCAAUACGUAUUCGAGUGAAAAAUGCAAGCUUCAGUUAGUUGAUUUUGAAGUUGGACCACCAACAGAAAAGGAUAUUGAAAUGGCGAAAGAAACCGGCGCUUCGAUUUACACAUUUAACGUUCUACCAACUCCAAAAAUUCGUCAGAAGGCUGAAGCAUUGGGUGUCCAAAUCGAGAAUUUCAAUGUUAUCUAUCGAAUGGUGGAGGCGCUUAAAUCAGAACUUUCGUCAAGAUUACCACGUGUAACCGAAUUACAUUUGGUCGGCGAAGGGCAUGUUCUUAAGGAGUUCAUGAUAUCAGAUCGUGGAAGGAAACGACAACCGGUUGCUGGAACUCUUGUCGAUUGGGGUAAUUUCGACAGAAAUUGUGUUUAUAAAUUCAUACGCGGAAAUCAAGUAAUAUACGAAGGUGAACUUGAAUCGAUGAAAUCUGGAAUGGAAGUGGUAACGAAUGCCAAAACAAACACAGAGGUCGGCAUUGCACUUGGCGAUAAGAAUAUCCGAUUUAAAGAGGAUGAUCAGGUGGAAGCUUAUGAAAAACGCCAUAUUGCUCAAGAAAUAGACUGGUAUCCUCCGGGAUUUUAG